AUGAAGCACUUCAUCGACACAUACAUAUUAACUGUUCGUCAAGAUGCCUCAUUACCAUUUCAAUCAUCAUUAUUCAAAUUAACAUAUACAACAAUUCGUAAACUUCAUUUAGAUUAUUAUUAUCAUUUUUUCAAUGAAGAAAAAUGUGUUAGCUUGAGUCAUUCGUUAUUGGGUACUCAGUGUCAAGUACUUUAUAUUCGAGUUGAAAAUCUCGAAAAUAUUAUUAUUCUUAUUAAAAAUAUGAUCAAUCUUCGAGCAUUAUAUGUUAAAUUCACAGAUGAAAAGACUUCUGCAUACUGGUUUGGAUUAAAACAUAAUGAUAAAUUUUUCGAUACAACAGCAAUAAACAAAGAUGAAGCUAUUCAAUUGUUAAAAGAUCAUUUGCUGGCAAAGUGUGAUUAUAAUAUUCGGAUAUCAAUUCUUUGGUGGUGUCGAGUGCAUAGAUUUGCAGUAUAUUCAGCUUAUCUGACAUCAACAGCUCUAAUCAUACUUGCCUCUGCCGAUCGUUAUGCUUCAUCGUGUUAUCAAGUAAAAUAUCGCCAAGGGGCUCAUGUUAAAGUUGCACCGCGUUUAAUUCCCAUAGUUUUAAUUAUUUCAGAUCUUUGUCAUUCACAUAUGCUAACUUUAUUUGCUGUCAAUAAAAAUGAAGACAAUGAAUAUUGGGCUCUGAAAAACACUGAUUAUCGAUUAGGUUUUGAUAUUGGGUUUUUUAUUGCUCAUGGACUAAUCUUUCCAUUACUAAUGAGUACGUUUGGUUUUCUUACAAUUUGCAAUAUACGUCGACAACAACGUUAUUCUGAUCAACAAAAUCGAACAUCAAAUUUGAGACGUUAUCGUGUUCGAGACUUUCAACGGAUGACACUUGUCCAAACAGACUGUGCCAUUAUAUUCACUCUUCCAUAUGUUAUUCAAAAGUUACAUCGAACAGUAACUGAUUCUGAUGGUAAAAGUCCUGAAGAAGUAGCAUGGGAACGGCUGAGCUUAUGUAUAGUACGAGUGUUAUGGGUUUUUCAUGAUAGUCGCUUCUUUUAUAUCUAUUCACUUUCAUCCGUGAAAUUUCGCCAUGAAUUAUUUAGAUUUCUUGAUGAACAUCUACCUUAA